UUGCCUUCCAGGAGCUGUGUCCGUAUGGCCAUGGAGCCAUCCCAGGCCCAGGUGACACCAGAGAAGAUGUUAAUGAGUGCUCAGAGAACCUGGGUGUCUGCAUAAAUGGGGCCUGCAUUAACACCGAUGGGUCCUUCCGCUGUGAGUGCCCCUUUGGGUACAACCUGGACUACACAGGAGUCAACUGUGUGGAUACCGAUGAGUGCUCCAUUGGCAAUCCCUGCGGGAAUGGCACCUGCACCAACGUGGUGGGAGGCUUCGAGUGUGCCUGUGACGAGGGCUUUGAGCCAGGUCCCAUGAUGACAUGUGAAGAUAUCAAUGAGUGCUCACUGAACCCCCUGCUUUGUGCCUUCCGCUGCAUCAACACGUUUGGCUCCUAUGAGUGCACGUGCCCAUCUGGAUACGCCCUGCGAGAAGACAGAAGAAUGUGCAGAGAUCUGGAUGAGUGUGCAGAGGGACUGCACGACUGCGAGUCCAGAGGGAUGCUGUGCAAGAACCUCAUCGGCACCUUCAUGUGCAUCUGCCCACCAGGAAUGCAGCGCAGGCCAGAUGGAGAGGGCUGCACAGAUGAGAAUGAGUGUCGCACCAAGCCUGGGAUCUGCCCCAAUGGCCGCUGCAUCAACACGGUGGGAAGUUACCGCUGUGACUGCAAUGAAGGUUUUGAAGUCAGCCCCUCUGGCACAGAGUGUAUUGACACCCGCCAAGGAUUCUGCUUCACUGAAGUACUGCAAACCAUGUGCCAGAUGUCCUCCACCAACCGCAACCUGGUCACCAAAUCUGAGUGCUGCUGCAACAGUGGGCGCAGCUGGGGCCCCCAGUGUGAGCUCUGCCCCCUUCCUGGAACUGCCCAGUACAAGAAGAUGUGUCCUCAUGGGCCAGGGUACUCCACUGAUGGCAGAGACAUCGAUGAGUGCAAGGUGCUGCCCAACCUCUGGAGCCUGUUGGUAGACUGGUCCAAGGGGUGGUGGGGACAGAGUCCAGCAACACAACCUGUGGAUGCUGAUGUGUCUUGUCUCUCGAGUCUAGAUUUGGAUGAGUGCAACCAGUCCCCUAAGCCAUGCAACUUCAUUUGCAAGAACACAGAAGGCAGCUACCAGUGCUCCUGCCCCCGAGGGUACAUUCUGCAAGAAGACGGGAAAAUCUGCAAAGACCUGGAUGAAUGUUCCACCAAGCAGCAUAACUGCCAGUUCCUCUGCGUGAACAUUAUUGGAGGAUUCAACUGCAAAUGCCCCCCGGGCUUCACUCAGCACCACUCAUCCUGCAUCGACAAUAACGAGUGCACAGCUCAGCCCUCUCUGUGUGGAGCCAAGGGCCAGUGUCUGAACACACCAGGCAGCUACAACUGUGAGUGCCAGAAAGGAUUCUCCCUGGACAGCUCUGGAGUCAACUGCGAAGAUGUGGACGAGUGUGAUGGAAACCACCGGUGCCAGCAUGGGUGCCAGAACGUGCUUGGAGGCUACCGCUGCGGCUGUCCACAGGGCUACGUGCAGCACUACCAGUGGAACCAGUGUGUAGAUGAAAACGAGUGUUCCAGCCCCACUGCCUGUGGCUCUGCCUCCUGCUACAACACUCUGGGAAGCUUCAAGUGUGUCUGUCCAUCUGGCUUUGAUUUUGACCAAGCCUUUGGUGGGUGCCAGGAUGUGGAUGAAUGCUCAGCAGGCGGCAGCCCCUGCAGUUACGGCUGCUCCAACACAGAUGGAGGUUACCUCUGUGGAUGUCCUGGAGGCUACUUCCGAGCAGGACAAGGACACUGCAUUUCUGGCUUGGGUUUUGGGAAAGGUUCCUACCUUCCUGCCCCCCAAGAAGAGGAUGAAGACAACCUGCUCUCCCCUGAAACCUGCUAUGAGUGCAAGAUAAAUGGCUACCCCAAGAGGGGUCGGCAGCGACGCAGUGUCAAUGGCACUGAGAAGCACCAGGAUCACACUGUGAACUUGGCCAGCAUGGAUGUGGAUGCUCCUCUCUCCAUGAUGCUGAACCUCUCUGACCUGGCUCACAAGGAGCACAUCCUGGAGCUCCUGCCAGCUGUGGAGCCGCUGGAGAACCGCGUGCGGUACCUGAUCUCCCAUGGGAAUGAGGAUGGCUACUUCCGCAUCCACCAAAAAGAGGGGCUCAGCUUCCUGCACCUUGGCCGCAAGAAGAUCCUUCCGGGCACCUACCUGCUGGAGAUCGUGAGCGUGCCCCUGUACCGCAAGAGGGAACUGCAGAAACUAGAGGCCAAGAACCACCUCAACUACUUAGCAGGGGAGCUGGGCCAAGCACUGAGGAUGAAGCUUCAGCUCCAGCUCUACUAA